AUGGGAAACACCCCCUCGAAGACCCCUGGCCAGGCCGCCCAAGGCUCAUCAACGCAGUGGAACGACAAGAAGGUGAACCGUAGGACGUCCAUCCAGGCGUUGUCUGGCAGCAAGUCUGCUGCGGUGGACCCCUCAGCAUCGAAGGAGAGCGCGACCGGACAAUAUACCCAGCGACAACAGACUCCCGUUCACCAGAGACUACAAUCGCGCAGUAUCGCGGACUCGGUGGGCCGAGGAGUUGAUAAGUUGGAAAGACGUGUAUCGAGACAAAGCCGUGACGAGGAAGCUCGAGAUAUUCCCAUUCGUACGAGACCAUCCGAUGCGUCUGAACCUGCAAGAGCCGUGCAGGUGCCCACUCCUGCCCCACAGCAGUAUCCCUAUGUUGGCGGUUAUGGCCCGUCAAUGAACACCUACUAUGCUGCUCCCUCGCACCUCUCGCGACCGCCUCGCCUGCCACUACCGAUUGGUGACGCACUGUCAAUUCCUGGGUCGCCUAUAACGGCAACCGGUUCGCUAGGUGCCACAGCCGCAUUUGAUAGGGCCGAAAUGAAAUCGGCGCUGGGCGAUGCCAUCGAAGACGACGACGAAGUAGUAGAUGAGCUUGAACCUUUUGCUACAGCCGAUCUUAGCAAGGCCGUGUCUACUUUUCUGGAAUGGAAAGGGGGUGGAGAGAAAGUAUACGUGACAGGUACCUUUGUGAAUUGGUCUAGGAAGUUUAGACUUUCUAAGAGGGUCGAAAUAGCACACUUACCUGGUAUCUGCUCUGAUAGUGAUGAUAAUGGCGUUUUCUCAACUACUCUCAAGCUCCGGCCCGGCACACACCAUCUUAAAUUCAUCGUCGACGGCGUUAUGCGGACAUCUGACAGCCUUCCAACUGCUGUUGACUUUACUAACCACCUCGUCAACUACAUUGAAAUAGGCCCUGAGGAAAUGCCAGCUUCUCGAGGAAGUGAGAAGCCGCCGAAGAUUGUGAUCCCACCAGGACUCUAUCCUCCCCAAGUUCUUCCUGAUUCCCUACUUAUAGAAGAACCUGAGAAGGAGGUAGAGGAGGAGAUACCGAUUGGUGACUUUCGUACGAUUAUUCCACCAGUUCUCAUAGAUAUUGAGGGAGAGGAGAAUACUUCAAGCUACACGCAAGCUGCAAGUAUCAUCCACGAUUUUCCCACGCCACCAAUGCUACCAAUGUUUCUCGGUCGGUCCAUACUGAACAGCUCCACACCCAUGAAAGAUGAUAACAGCGUCUUAAAUUACCCUAAUCAUACCGUAUUAAACCAUCUCGCUACCAGCAGCAUCAAGAAUGGCGUGCUGGCAACAAGUGUCACAACAAGAUACAAGAGGAAGUAUGUGACCACAAUUUUAUACAAGCCAACAGGGCACGGGUGA